AUGUUUGCCAUCCUAGAGAACGUCUACGACGACCUACGAAAGGACGACCUUGAGCUGUCGAGGGAAGCUUUCAUCGAGUUCCUCAGGGAUGUGCAGGGUGAGGCCACAAUCCAGCUGGACAAGGAAAGGUUCUCUCUAGGGGACUUUAUCUACACCUUGGCACAUGCGUACCGAUGGGAUGCCGUCCGGAAACCGUCGCAAAAGGACUAUUCGAAACCCAUCACAAACUACUUCAUCAACAGCAGCCACAAUACCUACAUCAGCGGCAACCAAUUGGCAUCCAAGACUUCUCCAGAGGCCUACAUGAAUGUCCUGAAGAGGGGCGGUCGCUGCAUCGAAAUCGAUGUCUGGAAUGGCGACGAAGUCUUGAUCCCCGGCGCGUCCAAGUCGCCAGCCGGCAGCGGCCAUACGAGGGCGCUUUCCGGCAUCUCUGGCAGCUCCCUCCCCUACGCGGCGGCUGCCGUCAUUGAGAGGGUCGAGGACAAGCUCGAAGCAGCCAAAGACACCGCCAAGGGUUAUCUUGGUAGCUCGAGCGGCAAUGGACGGUCCAGAAGCACCAGCACCAACAGCAGAACCAUGACGGAUGACGCAUCGUCAAGUUCCAGCAACGUCUAUCUCGCCGUCGACGGCAGUGCAUCCACCGAGAAGCUCGAGGUGCCCCGUCAGUCAAGGACUCGCCAGACUUUGCCCCGGGGAGAGCCCAUUGUCACACACGGCUGGACAUUCACGACGCCGUGUGGCUUCCGCGAGGUGUGCGAGACGAUCCGGGACCAUGCCUUCUCUCACGGAAAUGACCUGCCCAUCAUCAUUAGCCUGGAGGUCCACGCCGAUCACAACCAGCAAGAAGUCAUGGCGACCAUCAUGAAGGAGGUCUGGGGUGACAUGCUUAUCCAAGAGCCUUACGAAGGCUGCGAUCCCAAAUUCAGAGUGCCCACGCUGGACGAUCUGCGAUGCAAGAUCAUGGUCAAGGUCAAGCGGGCAGUCGCCAAGAUUGACCAUCACCCCGACGCCACCGCAUCUCUGCCCGUUCUGCAGGCAGAAGACGAUGGCUCGACGUCGGAUGAUGAGCAGCGUCCAACCCCUCUUCUCCGAGCGGCCGUCUCCUCUCCGCCAGGCGCCCCCUUGAGCGAUCUCGCCGUCUACACCCGCAGCGAGCGGUUCAAGAGCUUGAGCACCCCCCAGGCGAAGCAGCCCACGCACAUCUUUUCCAUCAGCGAGGAUAGGAUCUUGGAGCUCCACGACAAGUUUCCGCGCGAGGUCUUUACCCACAACAAGAACUUCUUCAUGAGAGCCUUCCCUGCUGGGCGGAGAAUCAACAGCUCCAACCCCGACCCCACGCUGUUCUGGCGCAGGGGAGUCCAGAUGGUGGCCAUGAACUGGCAGAACAUGGACGAGGGCAUGAUGCUCAACGAGGCCAUGUUCGCAGGCGAGGACGGCUGGGUGCUCAAGCCCGCGGCCUACCAGGGCGCCGACAAGCUCAGCGUGACGCUGGACCACGCCGCCAAGCACACGCUGGAUCUUACCCUCACCUUUUUCGCAGGACACAACAUCCCGGCCGAGGAGGAGGAUGAGGGGGACAAUCCGCGCAGCAGAAGCGCUCUGCGUCCUGUCAUCAAGGCCGAGCUCCAUAUUGGCGAGACCGACAAGGACGGGCACGAGCACUCCUCCCAUCACAAGAGUGCCGGCGAAAAGCUGCAGUUUCUCAACAUUCCCAAGGUGGUGGAGGAGUUGAGCUUCAUUCGGCUCAAAAUCGAAGACGCCUCCCACACCGUCAGCUCGCCGUGCCUCGCGUGGGCAUGCAUCCGCCUCGACCGCCUGCAGCAAGGCUUCCGCUUCAUCCGCCUGCACGACAUGAAGGGCAACGAAAUCAUCGGCGGCAAGCUGCUUGUAAAGGUCGAGAAGGUGUUGCGGUGA